AAGCAGAGACAGAGGCACCAACGUCAGCACCGUAUUUGAAAUUUGAAAAACACGAAGUAGAACAUUUCGGCUCUUUACCUGUAGAAGUUGAGGAAUUGAUGCAUUCUGCUGAUAAACUUCCUCUGGUGUGCUUAAUUCCUUCGGCUGAAGGUUCAAAACCGGGGCUAAUGGCGUGUACUCCUAAGGGGGAGUUCCGUUAUUGGGAAGAUAUAUCUUAUGCUAUGACAGAGGCUGAACGUUAUAAAGGGUUGAAACUGUACCUUCAAGAAGAACAUGUUGCGCUGUAUCGAAUUCAUGUUUGCCAACCGGAUGGAAAACCAACACUUAUUUCUUCUUCAAUCUCUCGCCCUGGAGGAUUUAUUGGGCAAUUAAGUUCGUAUCUUUGGCAAAGUGGAAAACUUGAUGAUGGUGGGAUUGUUUCAACAACUUUAGGCGCAAAAUUGGGUAAAAAUUACUCCAGCGAAUUAUUUGUAUUGCUGGAAAAAUCAUUAGAAAAAUGGGUUCUCUCUGGAACACGUAUUGCACCAAAGGAUAUUCAUGAAAUUAUUGCACAGGAAGUUUAUAUUAGUGAUGGUGUUUUUGAAUCAAAUCCAUUAGAUGUCCAGAUAUUAGACAUUGAAUUCGCAAAAAACGGCGAAUUGGUAAUUCUUGUGUCCCGCCCUACUGGUUCAAGACGAUCCGACCAGAAUAAGGAUUUAACAUAUUUCUUGGUAAUAUUGAAUACGGUUGAUCAAGAAUCAACCAGUGGACAAUAUAGUGUCACUAAAUGUCAUCCAUUAAAAGUUCAGAGUGUAGCGAGUUUAGUUAUGCCUAAUGGUGGACCUGGUGCUUUUGUAAUUUUUCCUCAAGCUAUUAUUGUCACAACAAUCUUGAAAGAUACUAUUGAUAAUAUUAGUGAAAUGCGCAUUUUAACAACAAAAACUGGUGUCAUGAGUUGUCGUUUAAAUAUUUCAGAAAUAAUAGAAGAAAAUGCACCUUUACAAUCUCAGGAAGAUAUGGAUAUUGAAGAUUCUCAGGUUCCUGUAUCAUGUACUUUAUCGUCAGAUUUUAAAGGCGACAUCAAUAAAGUGGCUCUCGAACUUAGUGAUGAAAUAUUAGAUUCUAUCACAAUUAAUAUGGACGGAGCGGAGGGGCCUUGCCGAAAAUUAUUAAAUAGUGCUAUCUAUGGAUAUUUUCAGGAUCGUAACUUUCAAUCCCAAAAUGAGGAUUUAGCUAGAAAUAUUUAUUACCAAUUUAUAGUUCAACCUGAGCUUUUAAAAGUUAUUCAUCAGCAGUUUGAGGAAACUGACGUUGCAAUUCGAAAUUUCACAGUUCAACAUUCUAGUCAGACAGUUAAUGACUCACUUCAAUAUACUAGCCAAGGGAUUAAUGAUUAUAAUAAAAUUCAAAUGAAAGACGCUAGAAUAGAAACACUUAAAGAUCAAAUGUCUUAUGAAGAUUAUAAAACAUUAGUCGAUUUGAUUAUGGAAUCCGGUGAAAACAUUAAUGAUCAUAUAACAAUAUAUAUGGAAAAAUACCAAGAAAAAUUCGCCUUUAAAUUAUACGAAUGGUAUAUAGAAAAAGGAAUUGAAAAUGGAUUCGAACUAAUUGAUGCAUACACUGCACUUCAAGAUCAAUUUGUUGAAAUUAUUACUUCUACGGAUCAAACCGUAGAUGAAAGUAAACAAGUAGAUGUGAUUGUGGACAACGCUGCCAAAAAUCUCAAACAAUAUCGACCAAUGCACGCAAAGCUUUAUUAUAAUAUUUUUGACACCUUUCUGAAUUUUUAUAGAUGGGACUCAAUAUCAAAUACUAAUGAUAUGUCCGAUGAAGAUCUGAACGAACAGAUCAGGGGAACAGCCGUUUAUCAUACAUUGGAUAUUGUCAGUCAAACUGCUGACAUCCCAUUAAUUCAAUGGUUUUGUCCGCCUGCCGAAGCAUUUUUUGCAAGCACCGAAGAGCAACUUCGUAGACGGUUUCCUGACUUUAAUGAAGAAGAAUUGGCAGGGUUGAUUGAGGACUAUAAAAGGGAAAAUACCGCAUUAGAGAGGGUUAUUAAAGAUUAUAAUUUGGUGAUGCAUGUAGAACAUGCAUUAAGGUUAUUAGAUUUGAAAUCUGCAUUAGAU